CCCUCGGGCGCCUCUGCCGCCAGAAGCGCGCGAGCCCCGUGUCCCCCGGGGCCCCGCCCGGAUCCCGCCGACAUCGAGCACGUAGGGGUUGUCCCCGCCAUCGCCGCCGAGGCACCCCUCUCUGGCGCCUCCCGACAGCCGAAGGAGUGCUCGGCUCCCCUCGUGCGUACCGCCUCACUUUCUCCGCGGCCACCGGCUCGCACACCCUGGGCGGGUACCGCGAGAACGCUCCUCUCUCAACUCUUUUUUUUUUUUUCAGGGCAGAGCUGGGCGGGACCAUCACACACCAGCGUCGGCUAAAUCCUGGUCCUGGGGGACAGGGAGCGCCGCCGCGGACCACGGAUCCGCCCAGACUCGGUUCCUCUCCAGGACCUAGACCGACGUGUUUACCUGCCUCUCCCGCACCCCGUACGAAUGGUGCUUGGGAACUGUUGAGUCACCCGUCAUCACACCUCUCCUCCUCACCACUCUUGGGCUUCUGGAGCCCAGCGGCUGUCACAGUCCUCCCUCGGACACUCCCAACCCUCUUCUGGCUCCUUGGAGGCUGGGGCGGGGAAGGCUGCGGAUUUGCCCAGACAGCUGGGGUGACCCUCUCUCCAGGGCAGUGGCCUGAAGCAGUUGCGGCUUCUGGCCACUAGGUGUCAGCCUGUCCUCACUGUGGUGCGGGGUCCAAGCCCGACUCACAGUGAGAAAGGCGCUUUUGCGGAGCGGGAUAUGCAGACCCCGAGGAAAAGCCUAGAGCCGGUGCGGGAAGUGAAGCGGUGUGCUUUAGGGAGGUGGAAGUAGAGGACGCGAACAGAAAGUGGGGAGUAAAACUGUAUUUUAGAAGGAAAAAGACAAAACCCCAGCUCGGGCACCCAGGGGUCAAAGCCUUUUGGGUGUUUGCUGUCUUCCCUGAUGGUUCCCGGUUUACACAUUAGCCCCCAUGGGGCUCCAGGAUCACCCAAGGUCCGGUCGGUUACUAAGUGACAGCAUGACGUCUUGGGUGAGCAGUUCACCCCCUUUUCUGCUCCCAAGUUCCAGUUUGCUCACUGGAAAGCCUGUCCAUCGGCCCACAGGCCAGUGACCGCCGGCUCCCUCCCGUCUUUCCACGUAGGCUAGUUUGGGGCGGGGCGGGGACAAAAGAUAAACAUCCCUUCCCACGCCUUCCUCACCCAUUCAGAAACAGGGUAACCCUUAGCUAGGGACCAGGUCCUGAAUACUGGGGUUCUAUAACUCCCUUAGAGCAGCGGCGUCAUGAAUAAGGAUUAAAUUUACCCUGGUCGAAACCCUAGUCGUGAUACUGACUAGCCAACUAUUUCUGAACAGAAGCGUAAAACCCUCUCGGGUUUUCCCCCAUCCUGACACUUUCGGGCAGAGGUUUACUUCCAUUCGAGAUGGUCCCCUUACGGCAGAGUUUUGUGCAGGGUUCUGCAAAGUCAAGAGCGCCGUACUCGGUAGUUGCCACAGCCCAGAGACCACGUCACGUACUCUCCAGGUGAAUCAGUUUGCCCAUCUGGGGUUUUCCGGGUCUCUCCCUUGGCAAACACCAAACAACCCCCCGGCUUCCCGCCCCACACAGCAGACUCUCGGUGGUUUAUCCUUUACGUGCCAGAAAGGAAUCCCUUUAUCUUUCUGAAGUUGUGCCUGCCACGCCUAGGCAGCGGGGACUCGAUCCUCGCUUCCCACCCCGUUCAACCUUUGAGGGACAAUCUUGUUUGCGCGGGUCAACUUAAGUGAGCGCCGCAUCGCUCCAGUCUAAACGACCUACGCCAAAUCACGCGUGUGCAAAGUGGCUGUACGGUGCCGAGCACUGAGGGGCUCGCCCAGAAACCAGGAAUGUCUAUUCUCCGACCAACGGCAGGGCCGUUGGGGAAACGCGAUUUACAGUCAAAGAAAAGGCGCGGGUCUCAACAGACGCCCGGGUCCCGUCGGCUCCGCCCUGCAAGCGUCUCGCAGCUGCAAGGCGGAGCUCCCGGAUGGGCGGGUCCGCGCACGCGCCGCACGGGAAUUCCAGAAGCGUAUUUGAGACAUGAGAUGGAGAAGUACGAGCGGAUUCGAGUGGUGGGAAGAGGUGCCUUCGGGAUAGUGCACCUGUGCCUCCGCAAGGCUGACCAGAAGCUGGUCAUCAUCAAGCAGAUCCCAGUGGAACAGAUGACCAAGGAGGAACGGCAGGCAGCCCAGAACGAGUGCCAAGUGCUCAAGCUGCUCAACCACCCCAACGUCAUCGAGUACUACGAGAACUUCCUGGAGGACAAGGCCCUUAUGAUUGCCAUGGAAUAUGCACCAGGUGGCACCCUGGCUGAGUUCAUCCAGAAGCGCUGCAAUUCCCUGCUAGAGGAGGAGACCAUCCUUCACUUCUUCGUGCAGAUCCUGCUCGCACUGCAUCACGUGCACACGCACCUCAUCCUGCAUCGGGACCUCAAGACCCAGAACAUCCUCCUCGACAAACACCGCAUGGUCGUCAAGAUCGGUGACUUUGGCAUCUCCAAGAUCCUCAGCAGCAAGAGCAAGGCCUACACGGUGGUGGGUACUCCAUGCUACAUCUCCCCCGAGCUGUGUGAGGGCAAGCCCUACAACCAGAAGAGUGAUAUCUGGGCUCUGGGCUGUGUCUUAUAUGAGCUGGCCAGCCUCAAGAGAGCCUUCGAGGCUGCGAACCUGCCAGCCCUGGUACUGAAGAUCAUGAGCGGUACCUUUGCGCCCAUCUCUGACCGGUACAGCCCUGAGCUGCGCCAGCUCGUCCUGAGUCUGCUCAGCCUGGAGCCUGCACAGCGGCCGCCCCUCAGUCACAUCAUGGCGCAACCCCUCUGCAUCCGGGCCCUCCUCAACCUCCACACCGAUGUGGGCAGCGUCCGCAUGCGGAGGGCAGAGAAGUCCCUGACCCCAGGACCACCUAUGGCCCCCGGCAGCACAGGGAGCCGGGCCACCAGUGCCCGAUGCAGGGGUGUUCCCCGGGGACCUGUGAGACCGGCCAUCCCACUGCCACUGUCUUCGGUGUAUGCGUGGGGUGGUGGCCUUAAUGUCCCCCUGAGGCUCCCGAUGCUCAACACUGAGGUGGUCCAGGUGUCUGCAGGGCGCACGCAGAAAGCUGGCGUCACACGCUCCGGGCGCCUCAUUCUGUGGGAGGCCCCGCCCCUAGGCACUGGAGGAGGCACGCUCCUCCCAGGGGCAGUGGAGCAGCCUCAGCCCCAGUUCGUCUCCCGGUUCCUGGAGGGCCAGUCGGGUGUGACCAUCAAGCAUGUGGCCUGCGGGGACCUGUUCACGGCUUGCCUGACGGACCGAGGCAUCAUCAUGACCUUUGGCAGCGGCAGCAACGGGUGUUUAGGCCACGGCAACCUCACCGACAUCAGCCAGCCCACCAUUGUGGAAGCCCUGCUGGGCUAUGAGAUGGUACAGGUGGCCUGUGGGGCCUCUCAUGUGCUGGCCCUGUCCACAGAUGGAGAACUGUUUGCCUGGGGCCGAGGAGAUGGUGGGAGGCUGGGACUUGGCACCAGGGAGUCCCAUAGCUGCCCCCAGCAGGUGCCUGUGCCUCUGGGACAGGAAGCUCAGAGAGUUGUUUGUGGUACUGACUCUUCCAUGAUCCUCGCCUUGCCUGGCAGGGUCCUGGCCUGCGGAAGUAACAGGUUCAACAAGCUAGGCUUGGACCACAUAUCCCUGGAGGAGGAGCCUGUUCCCCACCAGCAAGUGGAGGAGGCCCUGAGCUUCACACCACUGGGCUCUGCACCUCUGGACCAGGAGCCUCUGCUGUGUGUGGACCUGGGUACUGCUCAUUCAGCUGCUGUGACUGCCUCCGGUGAAUGCUAUACUUUUGGCAGCAAUCAGCAUGGGCAAUUGGGUACCAGUUCUCGCCGGGUCAGCAGGGCGCCCUGUCGGGUCCAAGGCCUAGAGGGCAUCAAGAUGGUGACAGUGGCCUGUGGGGAUGCCUUCACUGUAGCCAUCGGGGCAGAGGGGGAAGUUUAUUCUUGGGGCAAAGGAGCCCGAGGUCGACUGGGAAGGAGGGAUGAGGAUGCUGGACUCCCUAGGCCAGUGCAGCUGGAUGAGACUCAUCCUUACGUGGUGACUUCAGUGUCCUGCUGCCAUGGGAACACUCUCUUGGCUGUUCGAUCAGUCACAGAUGAACCAGUUCCCCCCUGAGGCAACAGGAUUAUCCAAGGGACCACCUCUGAGUGUUCUGAAAACUGCAGGUGCCUGAGGAAGACUGUUUCCAGCUCCUGGAUUGUGUCAUCAGUGAGGUGGAGAGGCCACUGGCCGCCACUCUGUUCCCCCAAGCCCCCGUCCCAAACUCCUUAUCUUACUUAGUGUCUCCAGGCUCCAGCCUGGCAGGAAUGAACAGCAGGCUGGUUUUCAAAGACUGCUAAAAACGCACACACCCCCACCCCAAGCCCGGGUAGAAAUACAUCCCUGGAGGUGUCCUCAUAGAGACCGAUGCCGUGCUUUGGAGUAGGGCAAGCCAGGGCUUGUUUGGACUGGCCAUUAGGCCUGACUGUUGUACGAAUCCUAUCUCUACACUGCAUAGCUUGAGGCUGAUAGGUCGGAGGGAGUCCCCUUUUCAGUCUUUCCUGAGGCAGGGAACCUCUGAGUGGGCGCCCCCCCCCACCUCCCAGGGCGGGGAGUACUGGAGCUACUGCGUGGUUGCCAAGGGAAUCCUGCUGAAGGUUGCCAGUCACCGCAGGCCAUUUCCCAGACCUAAGACUAGGGGAAAAUGUAGCAGGCCAGACCCGACCAGUUUCUCAAAGGUUUGAAAAUAGCGCCAAUAAAAAUAUCAAAUGCC